CCCGGGCGUGGGGUUGGGGGUGUGGCGCAGCGAGGCCGCGCAGCAAGCAGUCCUCCCGGCACCGUCGGACUCGCAGUUGCAGCAGCGUCGGACAAGCGGCCCGAGCCACCAAGGACAAGGAGUCCGGGCCCCGCCACUGUUGAAGAAGCACAGAAGAAAAGACUCAGACACUCCCCAGGAACUUUCGGAGAAGGCCAAAGAGCAGCAGGCAGAGGCAGAGCUCCGGAAGCUAAGGCAGCAGUUCAGGAAGAUGGUGGAAAGCCGGAAGUCUUUUAACUUCCGAAACCAGCAGAAGAUCGCGAGUCAGUACAAGGAGAUCCAGACCUUGAAGGCAGAGCAGGAUGAGAUCACCCUGCUGCUGAGUCUCAUGAAAUCCUCGAGGAACAUGAAUCGGAGUGAGAAGAACUACAUGGAGCUGUGUCUCCUGCUGCAAACCAAGGAGGACUACGAGGCCUUGAUUAAAUCCCUGAAAGUGCUGUUGGCUGAACUGGAUGAGAAGAUUGUUGAGAUGGAAAAAAAAAUCGCAAACCAAAAACAGAUUUUCACAAAAAUACAGGAGGCCAAUAACCCCCGGAAACUGCAGAAACAGAUUCACAUUUUGGAAACCCGUUUGAAUCUCGUCACUGUUCACUUUGACAAGAUGCUGACCACUAAUGCCAAGCUCCGGAAGGAGAUUGAAGACCUACGAUUUGAGAAGGCUGCUUAUGACAAUGUCUACCAGCAGCUCCAGCGGUGCCUGUUGAUGCAGAAGAAAACCAUGAACUUGGCCAUUGAGCAAUCUUCUCAGGCCUAUGAGCAGAGAGUGGAGGCCAUGGCUCGAAUGGCUGCCAUGAAGGACCGCCAGAAGAAGGACAUCUCUCAGUACAACCUGGAGAUCCGAGAGCUGGAGCGUCUCUAUGCCCAUGAGAGCAGACUCAAGUCCUUCCUGCUUGUCAAGCUGAAUGACCGCAAUGAAUUCGAGGAGCAGGCCAAAAGGGAGGAAGCUCUCAAGGCAAAGAAGCAUGUCAAGAAGAGCAAGGGAGAGAGUUUUGAGAGCUACGAGGUGGCCCACCUCCGGCUGCUGAAGCUGGCUGAGAGUGGGAACCUAAACCAGCUCAUUGAAGAUUUUCUGGCCAAGGAGGAGAAGAAUUUUGCUCGGUUCACGUAUGUCACGGAGCUCAACAACGACAUGGAGAUGAUGCACAAGAGGACCCAACGAAUCCAGGACGAGAUCAUUCUCUUGCGAUCCCAGCAGCAAUCGUCCCACGAUGACAGCCGCUCUGCUCUGAGACAGCUGGAGGAUAAACUGAGGAAGACCACGGAGGAGGCAGAUAUGUAUGAGAGCAAGUACAGGGAGGUCAGCAAGACCUUGGAUCUACUCAAGAACUCAGUGGAGAAACUGUUCAAGAAGAUUAACUGUGAUGCCACCAAGAUCCUGGUGCAGUUAGGGGAGACGGGGAAAGUCACCGACAUCAACCUUCUGCAGUAUUUUGCCAUCAUUGAAAAGAAGACCAAUGACCUGCUGCUGUUGGAGACCUAUAGGCGCAUCCUGGACAUGGAAGGGGCAGAGGCUGAGAUCCCGCCACUCUUCCUCAACCCUUUCUGGGGUGGCUCUGCCCUCCUCAAGCCCCCAGAACCCAUCAAAGUCAUCCCCCCAGUGCUGGGGGCUGACCCCUUCGGUGACAGGUUGGAUGAUGUGGAACAGCCCCUGGAUCACAGCAGCCUUCGGCAGCUGAUUCUCGACAAUUAUAUCCUGAAGGAGAAUCGGAGUAAGGAAGUGCGCGGAGACAGCCUGCCUGAGAAAGUGGAUGACAGUAGGUCCAGGAAGAGGGUAACCAUGUGAGGUGCAUGCAUGGGGCCACCUUUGCACAAUAACUGAAAAAAUAAAUGUUUUGUUCUGUAGCCUCGUGCCUGUCACACGCAUUACUAAGGGCUUUGGGUGCUGAGGCCACCUCUGGGCUGGGACCAAGGAGUGAGAAGUAAAAGCGGGAACAGGGGGCAGGAACCGUGUGAGGCCAUCAAGGCCCCUGGACACCUCUGAGCUGGAG